AUGACCAGAGUGCUGACCAAAGUGGCGACCAACGUGCUGACCAAUGUGCUGACCAACGUGCUGACCAAUGCUGUAGCUAAAGUGUUGACCAAUGUGGUGACCAACGUGUUGACCAACGUGCUGACCAACGUGUUGACCAACGUGCUGACCAAGAUGCUGACCAAGGUGCUGACCAAUGUGCUGACCAGAGUGGUGACCAAUGUGCUGACCAAUGCCAUGAGCAGAGUGCUGACCAAAGUGGCGACCAACGUGCUGACCAAUGUGCUGACCAAAGUGGUGACCAAAGUGCUGACCAAUGCCAUGACCAAGCACCUGACCAAGAUGCUGACCAAGGUGCUGACCAAUGUGCUGACCAGAGUGGUGACCAAUGUGCUGACCAAUGCCAUGAGCAGAGUGCUGACCAAAGUGGCGACCAACGUGCUGACCAAUGUGCUGACCAAAGUGGUGACCAAAGUGCUGACCAAUGCCAUGAGCAGAGUGCUGACCAAAGUGGCGACCAACGUGCUGACCAAUGUGCUGACCAGAGUGGUGACCAAUGUGCUGACCAAUGCCAUGAGCAGAGUGCUGACCAAAGUGGCGACCAACGUGCUGACCAAUGUGCUGACCAAAGUGGUGACCAAAGUGCUGACCAAUGCCAUGACCAAGCACCUGACCAAGAUGCUGACCAAGGUGCUGACCAAUGUGCUGACAAGAGUGGUGACCAAUGUGCUGACCAAUGCCAUGAGCAGAGUGCUGACCAAAGUGGCGACCAACGUGCUGACCAAUGUGCUGACCAAAGUGGUGACCAAAGUGCUGACCAAUGCCAUGACCAAGCACCUGACCAAGGUGCUGACCAAGGUGCUGACCUGCCACCUGACGAAGUUAAGGUCACGGCAGCGAUGA